AUGAAUUUUAAUGUCUGGAAUAUCAAAGAGAUGCUCAGUAUUCCCUCUGGCUCUGGGACUACUAAGGCAUCUAGCUGGAAUAAUAAUCAGGGUGAUUACUCCAGUCUCAGUGAUUCCCAGUUCCUCUUUGGAUCCCAGUUCUGUCCAGAAAGUUCAGAGACUCUGUCAGCACCCUUGGAUGGUGUCCACGUGAGACAUCCAAAACAAUCACAACAGAAUUCUAUGGACAAUGAACCUAGUAUUUUCACAAAGUACCAGACAAAACCCCCGCUGUUUGGAGCAGAUGCAAACGAUAGAGGCUUAUUUCUUCCACCUUUGUCAGCUGGAAAAUCAAAGGGCCUGUUGGAACAGUUUGAAGAGAAAAAGAAAAGGGCAAAAGACAAAUGUGACAGUGAGACUCUAUACAACCUCAUUUCACAUAUCAGAGAAAGCAUUCACAGGUUGCAGACAUCUGUGGAAAAGUCUGAGGAACAUCUCAGCUCAAGAAGCCAAUCUAUUUUGGAUGGUUUGGAGACCCUGGCCAAGACCUUGCAAGAGACCGUGCGGGCCCAGAGUGAUCUGGUGUUGGAAACGGUGCAUGACAAAGGCAACAUGGAGCAGGUCAUCUUUGAGAUACAGAAAAGAUUUGAAGCUAGACAAGCAGAGUUUAUAGAAAUGAGAUCCGACCUGAAGCACCUUGAAGCUUUAGUGGCCCAGCAGAGUAAGGACUUCCAGCAGCUGUGUGAGCAGCUAGGCCAGCUAAAUGUGGCCAGUGUCCUGGCAGAGCUGAAGAGAUUGAUUCCAGUCCCUCGGGUCGCCGGGCAUGUGAAAGACAGCACUUCCCAGACCUCACCACCUCUGGCCCAGAGCCUCCAUUUCACCAGGCAGGGCAGGUACGCUUCUGAGGAGGCAGUUCUGUGGCCGGCUCAGGCCCCCGCUGCCGUACAGACUCGGAGUAUGGGCUCCCCGCAGCCUGGAGAGUUUGUUGUCUGUGGUGAGAGGGCAGAAAGCAGUGCUCUCCAAGAAGAGGCUGUGCAGCAGGCAGCUGGAACCAGCAGAAGAAACAGGCAAGUCAAGGCCAGGGCUGUGCAGACCAACCGCAGGAACUGGACCGGUCCUAAAACCAGCUCUGAGAACCACGGCUCCGGCUCCCCAGGCCCCAAAGUUCCUGGUGGUAAGGACUGGGUUUCUCAGGGAGCCUCAAGGCUUCUACCCCUGGACUCAAACAAAUUCGCAGCCAGCACUAAGGACACCUGCCAAGAACGUCAAGCUGCAGGUGCGUCUCCAUGUGAUCCUCGUGAACGAACGCUAGUGACUGCACAGAAAAGCACAACUGUGCAAAGAGGGAGGAAAGGCAAAAAGGCGCCCAGGAAGUCCCAGAGAGGCAGGCUCCGAGCCAGGAAGCAAGAACAAGCCCCUAGCAAAACCUGUGCUUCCAUUCCUAAAUACCCUCAGCCUCCAGUUUCUGGCCCGCAAAGCCCCCCGCUGGAGCAGCAGAAACCCCGUGCUCAACCCCUGCAUCUGCGGGGCCCCAGCAGCCGCACAAAGCCAGUCGGCGCUGUCCUGGGAGGAAGAGUCAUGCGCAGCAAGGCAGUGAGGGCAGCGCAGGGAGACCUCUUACAACUCAGUGGGCUUUCUUCCCAAGACAACAGCCUGCUUGCGACCAGUUCCCAGGGGGACCACCAGAUGAGCUGGUUCAGCGACCUCAACCUCGGAAGUUCAGACCCCCCUGUGUGCAAGGAGCCAGGGAAGAGUAUGCUCUAUGAUCUGGGUUUUGAUAGCAGUGAUGAUGGCUUCUGA